AUGUGGGCGUGGGGAUCGUUUCUUCCUCGGUCGACCUCACCCCUCCUCCAUACCCGCCUCCGGCCUGGGCGCCGCCAUGCCAGCCAGCUGACCGCCGUUCUUGGCAACAGCAACCUGAUCGGCUCGCGAGGAUACGCCGGCAACUCUGAUGGCGAUUCGCAAUCGCGCGAUGAGGCCAAGCGGCAGGACGCUACGGGGAAGCGGCACCUAUACGUGGUGCUCGACGACCACGAGGACGGCUUCGGCAUCCACAAGCUCGAUCCCGGCGAGCACCACGAACUUCUGCACGACGUCGCGCACCACCUCCCCGAGCCGCCGCUCCUCUGGGUGGCGCGUACAACCCUCGGUGAGGGCGUGCAAUUCGCCGCCAUGGGCAGCAGCAUCGUCGCUAUCGGUACCGAUACCCCUAUCAGCCCCGUGCUGGAUGGUCGUUGGCUAGCUGACGAUAUCGGCGGCGUCCUCAUCUACGAUACCAAGACGGCGGUCACCACCGUCGCGCCUCACCUCCCAAGGGGCCUCCAGUACGGGUAUAAAGCAGCAAUGGCCGUCGGAGAAAGGUUGUACAUGCUGGACUCCAAGCCGCGGUGGGACUGGCACAAGCGUGAACAGAACGGCACCGGCAGCUUGCACUGCCUGACUACAGAUCCGGAUUUUGAAGGCACUGCCGGAGACGAGUUCUGGGAUUGGCGUGCAUUGUCCCCUUCCUCCCAUUGGUACUGGAGCAGGUAUCAUUAUCCUCCGGCGACCCCGUUCUCGACGGAAUACAUCACGGCAUGGGCGGCCCAUGCACAGUACGAGAUGGUGGUGUCUGUGAGGCCGACGAAUACGAGCAUGAUGGGUGCUAUCUUCUCUUUCAGCAGGAGGGAAAACCGGUGGACAAAGCGCCGCGAGAGCCACCUGCCGGUCGUAGGCCAAGCCCACUACGAUGCCCAUCUGGGCGCAUGGGUCGGCCUCCACGCCGUCAGUGUUGAUGAUGGGGAUAUGUAUGGUCCUCUCGUUGCGGACGGGCACCUCUGCGCCGGCAAUGUCAUGUCUGCCCCGGAGAAGUGGACCGUCGGUAAGAAGAAGCUGUUUCGCUUUGACGAGGAGACUGCCGCUGGCUGGUACCACGUCGACGCUAAGAUCGUACCCAUGCCACUGUUUUGGUUACCGGUCGAAAUUUCAAGAUUUCCCAUGGUUACCGCGUAUUUCCGUGCCCCUCGGUAA